UACCAUUUUCAACAAGCACAAUAUUCAGUGAAUAUACCAACACCUCUUAUAGUUAUCACAAUCCCUAAAUCUCUGAUUAAUUUUAGUUUUUUCAACUUCAUUUAUCAGGAAAAUAUUUAAUUUACAGUGUCCGUGUUUCCAAUUGUAUUAUACAUUUUUAUCCUCAUAAUGGCUCUGUAUUUAAGAAGUAUUCAAGGAUUAUACAUAGCAAGACAAACAAUGUCUUUCAAAACUCCAAUAAUACAUCGUAUGAUUACCAUGCAAGUAAAAAGUGCUCAAGAAGUUGAAUACAAAGUUGGAGAGACUCACGAUGAGAAAAAUUUCAGGCUUCAUAGACCUAUGUCUCCUCACUUGACCAUUUAUAAGCCUCAAUUAACUAGCAUACUAUCUAUUACACAUCGUGGGACUGGUGUUGCGUUGAGUAGUAUUACUGCCGGAUUAGGAGCAUUGUUUAUUUUCACGGAUGUGUCAACAUUUGUAGAAUUUGUCCAUAGCCUACAACUACCAUCAGCAGCUAUCAUGUCUGCCAAAGCAUUAGUGGCUUAUCCAUUCUUCUAUCAUUUGUGUAAUGGUAUUAGACAUUUGAUAUGGGAUGCUGGUAAAUGUUUGACCAUAAAACAAGUAUAUUCAACUGGUUAUGGUGUGAUUGCUGGUAGCAUCAUUUUGACAAUAAUUUCUCUAGCCUAUAGUACUUAAAAUGAAAAUAUUUUAUGUUAUUCAGUUAUUUCAAAGUAUAAAAUAUUCAUUUAAUAGCAAAA